CAGAGAAACCAGAUAAAUUGCCCAAAACUCAAAGGUCAAAGUUUCUCAAUUUACUUCUUCAAGAUGUUAAAUACUGCUGAACCAACAAGUUUUUUUAAACUCCUUAACCAAUGAGCACUUCCAGAUUGACCGUAGAACCAAUGGGAGCCUGAGACUUUCAGACUGAUAGACCUCAGCUUGAGUUGAUGAGAUCACAGCUGUUCGGAUGGUUGGGGGUCCCUUUCCCCCGAUGGAGAACAAUUUACUGGAGCCAAAACGGGAGAAUCAAAAGAAGAAGUCCUUGGCAUGAAGCAGAUGUGAAAGUUAAUGAGGUUAAAUAAAUGCAAUAAGAAAGCAAAGAAUGUUCUAACAACUAAAGUGAGGGCACGUAGUACACUCUAUCAAUUAGGGGAUAAAGUGAGGAGUAAUUUAAGUGGAUUUUAGUGGAGUUUUACAGAAUGAGGCUGGGUGAGAGGAAGGCAGUGCUGCUGGCCAUCAGUGAACAGAUAGAAAUGGAGCUGUUUUCUUCAGAGGAGUGCUGUGUGGUGAAAAAGCAAGAGAAAAAAGAAGAAAACAACUUUGAGCAGAGAUGCAGGUACCUGGAACAUCCCCUUGAACCUGACUGUGAGGAGAGAGAAGAGGCAGAUUUCCAGGUCCAACCCAGGCAGCAGACCCAUUUCAAAGCAAAGCUUUCUGUUCAGGAAGAGCCACAGUUCUACCCUCACAUCCUCGAGUUAACAGAUGAAAUGGAGAUGGAGUCAUUUCCUUCCAUCAGAAUUUCAGAUAUUGAACUGGUGGAGAUACAUUCAGGGGAUUCUUCUGUCGUGACCCCGGUAUGUCCCAUCAGGUUUUGUCGAUUUCUAAUGGAAGAAUCAAAGCGACUUUCAAGACUGCGGACUCUAACUUAAGACCUGUUAAUCAUGUUUUCUGACUGCACUCUGGGUUGAAGGUGUUGAUCAAUACUAAUCUGCUCUUCCCUCAAUAAUCUUCGUUCUAAGUCCAUUGUGAGGAAACGGAAUCGGUCACAAGGCGCCAAAUUUCAUUCAAUAGUCCAAGUAGGACAGUUCAAGGGGCUCACGUGGUGGAUCUGAGGUGCAAAACACAAAAAGGGAAAUAAAAAAAAAAGCAUGAUGGAACACAACACUUUUAUGGAGUCGUCGAAAAUGUAUUUCUUUUGUAAGACUUUUUUUUGGGGCAAUUUAUUUGUGAAACUUUCUGUUUUAUUGAUUUGUCCUUUCAAUUUGCCCAAUUGUUUCUCAUCCUGUUUAACAAAAUGUAACAUUGAAACUACUGGUUGGAGUUUUACUUUUUGUCUUCUUUCCUUAAAUUUACUCUGCAUGUUUUGCCUUUUGUGAAUUUAUUUUUCCCCUAAACUUUGAUAAAGGUAAAUGUUCGACUUUUUUUUUCUUUCAUGAAAAUAAAGAAAAUAUGUUGAGACUUUUACCGAGUUUUCUGAUUAUCUCUUGGAAUACAGGAAAAACAAUUGAGAAAUUUAAAACCUGUCUACAGUAAAUAGAAAGUACAAAAUGAUUUGAAACACUUUCUUCUGUUUUUUUUUAAUUUACAAUUUUUUUUAAUCACUUUGUUUAAAUAUACCUUUUUAUGGGUGGUGGAGGUUAAUAAUACAUCCUUGUUUUGUGGCUUUAUCCUGCAUGUUAUUCAAUAUUUAAAUUUGAGGACAAAAUUUGAUAUCCCUCAUGAAUCGACAAGUCUUAAAUGGUAACUUUAUUUAUUUUUUUCAUUAUUCUGUAAUUACUCAGGGUUCAUAGUUACACCAAACGAUAUUGCUCUGUCCGUUUCAGCAAUCCCUUCGAAAAACAACUUCAAUAAAAUGGAAGAGCCUGACUCCUCAGAAGACGGGGCUGGAGGUUAAAGAUGUGAUCUGUUUAACCAGAAGACACUACAUGACUCAGCUGGAGAGACAAAACUCUCCAGAGAACAGAGUGAGGGCAGCGUCUGGGCUGACCGCUCGCAUCACCAUCGACCACAGCUGGUCAGCGGGUCAGGUGGAAGGUCGUCUGACGCUGCUGUUCUGGGACUGGUUUGUAAAAAAAGUGGGACAAAGGUUUUCUUUCACAUAUCUACAGUGUGUGCAGGGCUCUAAAGCACUCUUUGUCCCCGACACCCCAGCUGAGGGCUGGACAGGGGAGCAGGUACUCAGGAUAUCCGGACGGGGCGCUCUGUAUAUUCUCAGUCACCAGGACUACCCACAGGCAGAAUGUAAAAGUGAGACAUCUUUGCCAAACGGGACAUUUUACCUCAAUGCUAGGAAAGAGAAUGACAAGCGUCUUGUGAAACGGAUCCACCACCGUAUCUGCAAAACUCCAGAGAGGCUAACGCUCAACCUGGACACCAUCCUGAAGCUGUACAGACAAAGCAUGGAUCGAGAUGUAGAAACUCCUGUCCAGGUGAGGAGCGGGUUUGCUCUCCAGAGCGCUCUGAAGGCCGUGAGGAGGCCGGGCUUCAGCUGCAGGUGGACUCCUGUCAUCUCCUUCAGUGAAGAGUGGACCGACGGUCUUGUGGAUCCCAUCUGGGAGUUCUUCAGGUUGAGUCUUCUGGAGCUGCAGCAGAGUCAAGUGUUUGAGGGAUCUCCAGGCCGUCUUUUCUUCACCUACGAUCUCACAGCACUCGAAGAUGGCAAAUAUUAUGAAGCCGGGGUUCUCAUUGGCUGGUCCUUGGCUCAAGGUGGCCCUGGACCUCACUGUCUACAUCCUGAACUUUAUAAGUUACUUUGUGGCCACAAUCCAUCACUGGAGAACUUUAACUGGAGAGAUAUCGCUGAUCCUGUUGUACAAGCACGAUUGCAAGAGCUACAUGGCUGCAGGGACGUGAAGCUGCUGUCCCCCAGUCUGUGUGAGUGGGUGUCCCACUGUGGGAUUCCUGGAAUCUAUUCUGCUUAUUCCACUGAAAUGCCAACAAUCUACGCCUGUUUGGUGAAACAUUACAUCUAUCAUAGAGUGGCCAGUAUGAUCUCCCAGUUCACACAGGGGCUGAACAGCUGUGGUGGUCUGUGGGAUCUGGUAAAAGCGCACUGGGAAAUGUUUCUACCAGUGAUGACGAGCACACGGCGGCAACAGCCUCUGACCCUGGAGGAGUUCAUGAAGCUCUUCAACGUGAGUUUCAGUCACUCAGACUCAGAGCUGAGGGCUGCAGAGGAAGCCACAUUCUCACACUGGCAAACGGUCUUAAACUUGGUGAGAGAUGGGUUGACAGAUUUUUCCUUCGAAGACCUCCUCAUCUUCAUCACUGGAACUGAUCAUCUUCCUCCUCUAGGAUUUCCCGAGCUGAUCUCUUUGCGUUUCUACUCUCUGGACCCUGCAGAUAUCAGAUUGCCCCACUCCUCUUCGGAUUCUCUGGAGCUUUUCCUGCCAAGGGGCGUUGCUGGAACAGUUGACUUGCUGGCGCUUCUGAGCAGAGCGUUACGGAGGAGCCUGGGCUUCACAGACUUGAAUGCAGAGGAAGACCAAGAGGAAAACUUCCCAGAACUACUAUCAUCUUAAUGUAGACAAAUGAAAAAAUGUGCUACUGUGAUAGUGGCAUUUUUAAGUUUUUUUAUUUCUUUAAAAUAUUAGAUACAACUGCAGUUAAACUUCUUUUGGACCUGUGCAUUUAAUUCUCUCAAAAUGCACAAUGUUCAAUUUCUAACUGUGAUGUCAUAUUUAUUGUUUUAAAACAAUGAGGUUUGGAAGUCAGGAACUUGUUGGUCUCAAUAAAUUGCGAGCUGUUUGGCCCAUGAAAGUUGUUAGUUUUACAAUAAGCUAAAGAUUGUCACUUUUAUUACAAGUGUACAUACAAACAGCACAUAAUAGUAUUUUUUGUAAUUUAAUUGUACUUUUAAUAACUUUACUUUAACAUUUCCUACUUUUAUUUUACUUUCUACAAAUCUAUCAUCUGCUGACCCAGUCAAGUGUGUCUGAUAAAAAUAAUCAUCCAAAUCUUCUACAAGUCACCUCAACAGUGGAAUGAGGAUGUGUGUUUGCAUGCAUGUUUCAUUGUACAUUUUUUUUGUCUGUUUUUCCUUUUUUUUCAAUGUCUAAUUGUGACAGAUUAUUUAUGAUGUAUUGUCUCAUUUGCAAGUGUUCUUAAAUAAUUUAAAUUUAAUUUGUCUUUGAAAGUGGCACAAAUUGUGUAAAUAAAUGUUUUAUUUGUAUGAAAAUCUUCAAAUAAAUGAAUGCCUGAUGUUUGUUAGCUAAAAACAAAUUUUGGUUACAUAAACAGUUCGUAUAAUUACUAAAAUGAUUUCCUGAUGCAGUGAUCUU